UUUUCUUCGUAGGCUCAUCAGAAUCCAAAAUGCUUCCUGAAUUAUUCCGGGAACAUCACAAGAAGAUGAUUGAUGAUUUGCGGAAGGCUAUCACAAGUUACAUUACGAUCAUACAGAUUUAUGGAUUGUGUUUUGUUGGGAAAACAGAAUUAAUAAAGCAAGUUCUGAAGGUAGUCAAGACAGAGACAUCAAGAGAAGUCCAAUAUUUUUGUUGUAAAACAAAUUAUGUUGAUUGCCAAAAUCUUGGCAAAUUAAAACGGGGAAAUAUCAUUGUUUUCGAUCAUUUUGACACUUUACUACCCACUAAAAGAUCUGAAGAACUCGAGUUCAUGAGAAAUUCCAGUAUCACUUUUCCAGAGACCACUUUUAUACUGGUGUUUCGAGGGCUUGAACCAUUAUUGACCAAUGAACUUUGUACAAAAGAAUUCCAGGUGUUGCCUUUAGGAAAAUCAAAAGCGAGAGAACUCUUUGACUGUGAGUUCUCAUCAAAUUUGCCUUCUAGCUGUGAGGGGUUGGUUAAUACACUUCUUGAUUGGUGUUGUGGAUUCCCUUUAAUGAUACUCGAACUUGCUAAAACAUUGUCACUUUUCCCUAACGAAAAAGGUGUUGAAGAUUGUUUUGAAAAAUUUGAAAUUCCAGAUAGAUAUUUUAAAUAUAUUAAAGGUAUGUUAAAAAGAACAUCACAACCUGUUCAAAAAUUACUGGCCAUACUGUCUCAUUCAGAUGUCAAGUUCUCGUAUGACUAUCUUCAAAGAGCAGCUGAAAGGGCUAACUGCAGCGAAAACAGCUUAGAAAAUCCGAGUCAUGUCAUCAAGAAAUCAGGAUUACUCAUUGAAAACGAAGACCAAACUUACAGCUUACAACCAGUCAUCAGACAAGCUUGCAGCCAGUUAUGGCCAGACAACCAGUCAACCAGUCAACCAGUCAACCAAUCGCUAGUUAACCAAUCAUUCUACAGUGUGAGGUCCUCAUGCCUUGCACGUUUGAAUUUUAAUCACAUGACUGGAGAAAUAUUUCUAACGGCUGCAAGCUAUUUCCAGGACAACAAAUUUCAACAGGUACACAAUAUUCUUGCUGACCAUAAACACACAAUUCUAACUUUGUUUGGCAAAGUGCUUCACGGCCCAGAUGGUGACUGUUUGUAUUUUCAAAACCUUUAUGCUCUCUGUGAGAAAGCUGGUAAGAUUAUUUCUCUGCAUCCUAAUAGAGCAGUCAGCUUUUACCAGUGUUGCUACGAUAUGUCUUGCCUGUUCGGCUCCAAAGGGGAACAAGCUUUCCUUCAAUACAAGAUCGGUCAGUCUCUUAUUAAGCAUUCAGUUGACAGGAAUCUCUCAAAAGGUGAAGAGUUUUGCAAGAAAGCACUUGGCACCCUUCAAACUUUGAAGGAUAAUUUCAAGAUAAUCAACGUAUAUACUACAUUGGCCAUGAUCUCUUAUUGGAAAGGCUCCUGGAACGAUGCCCGCAGGUAUUGCGAAGCAGCCAUCGAAAUCGAGAUAGAUGACAGAAGUGCAAAAGAAGAGAAAUUUGCGAAAACUUUUUGUAGAAGCAUCUUGGCGUACAAUUACAUGUGUCAAGGCCUUAUUGCCAAAGGGAUUGCAAUUACAGAUGAAUUAGUGGCGGAUCCAGUCUGCCCAUCUCACCCAACUUUUGGCAUAAUCAUAAGUACACUAGCUUGGUCAUAUUACCUAAAAGGUUAUAAAGAUUUUGCCUUAGAUCUCUACAAAAAAUCUUUGGCAGUGUUAAAAAACAAUCUUCUGGAGAAGAACCGAUGGGUAGUACCUAUGUGCUACAUUGCUGACCUGGAAUCCGACUUGAAAAGAGAGCAUAGUAAGGGCUAUUUUCUGAAGAAGAUUUAUGAUGCAGAAAUGUACCAAAAAGAAUCUUGUAUUAAGCACGUAAACUUUCAUAGGAUAAACUUGGUCAAAGCUAAGAUCCAUCUAAGAAUUGGAAAUUUAUUAGUGGCGAUGAAUACUUUGGUAGACGCAGAGAAUGAUAUGACAAAGUCUGGUUCACUUCAUUAUAUCUUGGUGGAUAUCCAGAUAUGGCUGGCACAUUGUUACCUGAUUAAUGGGCAAACAGACUUAGCCACAAAGAAAUUUGAGGAGAGCUACCAGACCUUGGAACAAUUAAGGCAUCCCUGCGACAAUUCCUGUAAAACCAUCGCCAGGAACCAUCUGACGAAUCCGAGCAAUUGCUUAGACGUGGCUGACUGCGACAUCUGUUUAAAUUUAAAAGAGCACAACAGACAAGUAAAGUUACUGGAAGAGGAGGAGCAUCUUGGAAAUGGAAUGAGGUGUCUAAGUGCAUCAGAGUCAAGUAAUGAGUACCGUUUCCCUCAGUGUGAGUCUGGCCGUCAUUAAAAAUCAAGUGAGGAAUAAUUAUUGGUUAAAUUGGGGACAUAUAUAUAUAUAUUUCUUUACUGCCCAGAAGAGGCUAAACAGGGAGGGGACAAACAAGGACAGACGAAGGGAUUGAGUCGAUUAUACC